AGGAUAACUCAGUACUUCUAAGCUCCCCAGAAUCGUUCAAAUGAAAGAAACCAGAAUGAAUGUGACUGAAUUCAUCCUCAUGGGGCUGACACAGAAUCCCCAGUUGCAGAGAAUUCUUCUUUUGAUGUUAAUCAUCACCUACGUCGUCACUGUCACAGGAAACCUGCUUAUUGUGUGUACCAUAGUCUGUAGCCAGACUCUGAACUCCCCAAUGUACUUCUUCCUGGCUUUUUUAUCUCUCAUAGAUGCAUGCUAUUCCUCUUCUAUCAUCCCCAAAAUGAUGGCAGAUUUGCUCUCAGAAACAAAAACCAUCUCAUUCAGUGGGUGUAUGAUACAACUUUUUGUUGAGCAUUUCUUAGGAGCUUCGGAGAUUGUCCUCCUUGUGGUCAUGGCUUAUGACCGCUAUGUGGCCAUUUGUAGACCUCUGCACUAUGUGACUAGGAUGAACCACCAUACUUGCCGUCUCCUAGUGGGGAUAUGCUGGAUAAUGGGUUUUCUUCACUCUUUUGGGCAGAUACUUGUUACUCUCUGGAUUCCUUUCUGUGGUCCUAAUGUCAUGGACCAUUUCUGUUGUGACAUCUUCCCCCUGCUACAGCUGGCCUGUGCUGACACUUUCCUCCUUGGUCUCCUGGUUGCUGCCAAUGGUGGUGUAAUUCCUGUGAUCACCUUCACUAUGCUUCUGGUGUCCUAUGUGGUCAUUCUGUGCUCCUUGAGGACACACAGCUCUGCAGGGAGGAAAAAAGCCCUCUCUACCUGUGGCUCCCACAUCACAGUCGUUGUCUUAUUCUUUGUGCCUUGCAUUUAUACAUAUAUGAGACCAGUGACAACUUUUCAUCUAGAUAAAGCCAUAGCAGUGUUUUAUACUCUUGUCACUCCCAUGUUAAAUCCAAUUAUCUACACUGUAAGGAAUGCGGAGGUUAAAAAUGCAAUUAGAAUGUUACUGAGAAAGAAUUCAAUCCUAGAUAAUAAAUGAUAUAAUAUGAAUAUGUUAUUUUUGUACUUCCCCACAACAUUGCUUGUUAUCCAUGAAAAUUAAAUUUCUAGAUCCUCAGUGGUUCCUAGAA